AUGACCGUGGUAACCGCCCUAUUCUCCAGACCAACAACGACAGACUUUUUCGCCGCCGGAGAUAUUUAUGCAACAGCCUUUGUCGCUGCUAAUGGUUUCCAUUACACGCUCUCCAUUAUGCAGGAUACCCAAACCUGCACAAGGUAUCACGCCUCAGAGCUGGCCAAGGGGCACUUCGUCUUUGAGGCUCGAGACGAGACACUGGUCCCCUCGCUGACACUCUGUGCAGCUGUCAAGAUUGGUAACGUACAGAAAAACAGCGUGGAGCAGAUAACAGCGUUAUUGAAGCCCAUCCCAAUGACUCUCCCAGAUUGCGACCUGACGACUGACGGGUACUUCCGCUGCCGCGUUUGGCUCAAGAAAGCCAUCAGGGUCCUCGAUAAGGAUGGCGUCAUCUCUUGCUCAAACGCCGAAGCUGUUGUCAACGGCGAGCUAAGGAAAUAUGCCGAGGAAAAUAGUGAGGCGAUUACAGGAGGUACCGGAGGCCCUAAAGUAUAUGUGUCUCAACACUCCUCCUGA